ACUGUUGGCGCUAUAGUUGCGACUUGCGUUACUAUUCAAUAGACAGGUUUCCUGAUGUCUUUGAAAUCUCUUGUUUCUCCUCAUUUAAGUGGACCAUAUCAUAAACAUAGAAAUAAUCUCUAUAGAAAUUAAUGUUGGUUAGCUAAUACUGGUAGUUUUUGAGACCUUAAUAUUCAGUCACAGUUUCUGUUCCCAAACUUACAUACUUAAACCUUUAUAAAGUUAGUGUCCACCUUAUAAAAUAUCGGCCUAAAAUCAACAAGAUCUGAACACUUCGGACAUGCAUUUUGACGACAUGCUUGUGAACUUGUUUGCCAUUUUAAAUCCGAUUAUUCCUGGGUCACUAUUCUCUUUGGUUAUAGGCAAAUCACAACCUGUUUUACCAACAGUUGCUUUGAUAGUCAUUAAAGAGUCUCAGAUAUCAUUCCAAGCCAUCAGCAUAGAAAAUUUGGUGGUUAGGUGACAUUGAAUUUCCAUAUACCAUACUCAGACCGUUAAUUAGCCUUUAGAAAAUGAAUUCAUGUUGAAAUUUGGAAUUUUUCGCUACUCAAAAGUACCUACUGACAGACACGAAACUAGUAAAAUCUCUCUAAAAUAUCAGUACAAGACUUCUUGGUCCUUAAAGUCUCUAAUAUAUAUUUUUAUACUAUACUUUUGUGCUGUGUUACAGCUUGUUUUAGCUGUUCCUUCACUACAUAAAGGAAAUUGUCGUUUAAGUUCUGAGGGUAGGGGUCCAAGAUAAUAUACAUCGAUUGUCUGCAGAUGGGGUUGUUUCUUUGUGUAAGGUUUGCGAACUCCAAUGUCAGCCUACUCCUCAAUUUUAGUUCCCUACCACAUUAAUGGUUUUGGGCUUGCUAACUUUCUUUGUUUCUGAUUUAUUUCUAAAAAAAACAAGAGGAGGUCAUAUGGAGAUUAUAUCAGGUCGAGCAACAGUGGUACUAAAUGGAUCAUGCCGAAAUAGAUUUGUUUACGUGUUGUAUGUGGAUUGAACGGAAUAAUUUUUUUCAGAACGGGUUUUUUGAUACAUAAGGGAUAAUUUAGAGUUUCUCACAACUAGAAUCAUUACUAUCAGACGAUCAUUGAGAACUUUGUUCGCCUCACUACUUGAAAAUGUAAAUAGUUAAGCCAACAAACAGUUUAGAUUGUAAGCGAUAUGUGCUUGGUUAGUAUGUCGAUUUCAUAAGACAGUCACUCGUUAAGACUUAAGUUCAUCACAUCAAUUAUCUUAUAUAUGUGAGUUAAUUAAAUAAUUGAACUCUAAUUGUUUAUUUAACAAACAUGUAGUAUAAGACCAAAAAUGGACUUAAGUGACUGGGAUGGUUGUUUCCCGAAGUGUAGCCAUUUACGACCCUGUUAUUUCAAUGCAUUUCUUGCCUGACUCAGUGGUUUAACAUCUACGUACUAACCUUCUUUUACUCCUUUUACCUGUCGUGGAGAAACAUAGGCCGCCGACCAGGAUUCUCCAACCCAUUUUUUCCUGGGCGCCCCUUUCCAGCUGUUACUAAGUAUGAUUCAUUCUUUUGAUAUCUGCCUCCGAUUUCUGGUUCAAUGUGUUCUUUAGCGUGCUUCUUUUUCCUUUAGCUUGAAUAUUGCAAGGUAGGACUGGCUUUGUGAUGGAGUUUGAUGAUUUCCGCAAUGUUUGUCCUAUCCAUUUCAGGUGUCUUUUCCUAAUUUUGUGUUCAGAUGGAAGCUGGCUUGUUCUCUGCCACAGUAGAUUGUUGUUGGUGUUAUAUCCGGCCGUCGAAUCCGGAGUAUCUUGCGUACACAAUUAUUUAUAAAUACAUGUACAUUUUUGGUGAUGGUUGUAGCUUCAUACGGUAGAGCUGUAUUGACGUCUCUAGUUUAAUAGCAUGCAUAUAUGUAGUUAAGAGAAUACACAAGGUAUUUUGUGUAGUUAUGCAUACUAGAGUCUUGGUGGUUUUUGGAACUGAAGUUUGGAUGAAACAUUUGUAUAUCGAAUGCAACUGUGUUGUUGAUAUGUGUAUCGUUCAAAUAUAUCUUUUAUGAAGCAUGAUCUUAACAGUAAUGUCAUUUUAGUUAUUUUCUCAGGACCCAAUAUGUGCAGUAAUUUUUCUUAAUAAUCCUAUCACUAUAUGUUAAAUUUGUUGGCAGUGUACUUUUUCUAGGCUAUGAUUAGUCAGUUUGACGAUUGCCAAGUGAUUUAAUUUCCUAAAAGAAGUUGCUAGUGGGUAAUUGUUACGAAAGCUACUACGUUAGUGUUCUGUGGAUUUCUGUUAAAAGGAUUGAAACUUAAGCCAAGAAUUACAGUUACUGGUUUAGAACAAAUGGUGAAUUUUUCUCUAAAUCUAUUACAAGCUUUUAAAUUCACUGAUAAUGAUAUUCCCUAACCCAACGUCUAUGGGAAAAUUUAUGUUGAUACCUUCAUGCUAAUCACAGUAUUAUCCAUUUAUUUUUUUUAUCAGAAUUCCAUAAAUGUUUCUACUGUAUAUUAUUGAAACUAUUCAUAUUUGAUGGUACUCUGUAGAUCCAGUUUUAUUUCAAGGUAUAUGUGUAGCACUCAAUAUACUUUGAAAGUAUAGAAGUAACUACCAACCUAAUGUACAUUUUUGUCUCUAUAGUAUGCACUUCCAGUUUCUUCACUUUAUUUCAUCAGUCAGUCAGUAACAACGUAGAACAUCGUACGUACGUACAUCAGUUCGAGUUGCCACACUACAUUAGCACAGAGAUGCAGUGGUCGAUUAAAAUCCCGUAGUUCUAGAUGUAGUAAAAUUAUAAGCUGUAAUCAGAAAAAUUAGGGUUUGAAGAUGUUAUUCAAGGAGUAUAAUCCACUGAAAUAGAUUUGGGAAGAGGAAGAAGAAAGGGACAUGAAGAAUUCAGAAGAUUAGAAUUUGGGAGAACACAACGAUUUUGAGCCAUGUCAUUCAGGGUCUCUAACAAAUAUAGUGUCUAAAAUAUUAGCUUCAAUAAUACUUCGACGCCUAACCAAAGCUCGUGAAGAACAGACUUUAUUUCAUGCUAUUUGAUCACUCUUAUAUGCUUCAUUGAUGUACCUUAACCUUUUCAAGAGAUACGUUUUUGCUCGAUUUUGUAAAAAUUUGGUAUAUUGUUUUCGUUUUAACGUUAGAUCUAAUCCCCGUAGACAUUCAGAUGGAAUGCUUCGGGUCUGUCUAUCAUAUAUGUUCAUAAAUGGGAUCAAGCUUUUCGAGUCUGAACAAGUCUUGGGGAUGCACAAGUUUUGGAACUUCUGGUAACAGAAGUAAUCGAAAGGAAUUGAGUGGGUUCUGCCACUGUCCUAAAAAUUGUCCAUCUAGCUAUGUGCUACCUAGCGCUUUACAAACGAAAACUAAUUCACUGCCAAUUGAUGAAUUUUCGUCUUCUAUCAUAACAAGCCCAACUGUGAUUAGUACAUACAGUUGUACAUGUAAAAACUCUUUAGCACAUCAUCAAAUAAACUCUAAUACACGUGCUUCUAGUGUAGACAGUAAUCAAUUAUGUGGUGUUAAUUCUGAAGCAUUUAUACCUACAGAUUCAAAUAUUUCCACCAGAGUUUCGAUUCCAAAUUCUGAUUUUAAUCAAGAACAACUCUACAACGGUCAAACACAAUGUAUUAGUAGUGUUGAAAAGUCCGUUGACAUUGAUACAAUUAAAAAAGACUGUAUAUUUACAGAUCCUUUAAUAUUGACUGAUUGUGCAAUUGAGCAGUUCCGAAACCUUAUAUCUUCUUGGUCAUGUAAUGAUUUAUGUUGUCUUUACUUGGAAUAUGAAGCAGUAUAUGAGCUCCAACUUUUAUGGAAAGAAGCAAUUAAAACUCGAUUGAGAGCUCCUACUCUUAAGGAUGAUCUCUGGUCUUUAGCUCAACAUGGUUGGUGUUCUAAUACGUACCUUAUUCGCAAUGGCUCUACUCAUGAGGCUCAUUCGUAUUUACUAGCCUCACGGUUAAGAAAUUUCGAUGAAUUGCUCACUUCAUUGAAUCGUGGGAAAUUUCAUAGAUGUCCAAACAAGUCGACAACUGAUCGUACUAAUAUAAUGAGUAUCACUUCUACCAUUUCUUCUACCAGUACCAUCACUAAUGCUAGUACUACUAUCCUGACUAAUAAAGCUUCAAUUAAUUCACUUCCUACAUCCGACAGACUUGGUGAUCAGUCAUCCGAUUUUCAGUUUGAAAAAUGUCCUGAUUUAUUAUCCAGUUCACGUUUAAAACUACAAGAUACUUCAUAUAAAAUGAAUAAUGAAACUCAUCAGCAACAACAUCAUCAUGAUCCGAGAAAAUUACCUAGUGUUAGUAUUCUCGAUCCUAAUAAUUUAAAAAUUAACACCCAUGAUGUUUCAAAUUCAUCUAAAAUGUUUCUAACCAAUUUUCUAUGUCAGUUAUACGCGGGAAAUGAUCCACAGCAAUUACUUUCUAAACCGGAUCUAUUAUACCAACCAGAAAAUAAUGAUAAAACAAAAAAUACAUGUAACACUAGUAGUAAUUUAUCGAAAUUAUAUAAUUUUCUAAAAUAUUCACAUCAACAUAAAUGCUUACUAUCUAAUGACUGUGAAUUAAUCUUCACAUGUCCACCUAUACUCAACUUAACAUCGAUUACAUUGCCAUGUCAUGCAGGCAUAUUAGCUUGUCGUUCACAAUUUCUACGUCGUAUUUUAUUAAAGCGUUGUAAAUCCAACACACUCUCUCUCGCUACUAAUACUACUAUUACCACUACGAGUAAUACUCAAAAUUCUACACAUAAAAUAAUUUUAGAUGGUAAAAUUAUACCAGGACAUUUUGCUACUGUGAUUUUACACUUUUUCUACUGUGAUUAUCUUAAUUUAAAUGAAAUAUCAAAUUUAUUAUUAGUUUUUAAUCAACAGACAUUAUUAAAUAAAUUACAUUUUAAUUGGCACACUGAACAUAGUCAGUUGAAUAAGACUACUACUGCUAAUAAUAAUUAUAAUGACAAUUAUAUGUGUUGUAAGUCAUCUGUUGAAGAGGAUCACUUGUCAUCAACAACAAUACCAGCAUCCAAAUGUACACAUGCAUAUUCUUCAAGUCAUUGUACAGCAUCUGAUUCAGGAUCAUUUUUCACAUUAAUUCAGUUUUUAAUGAAUACCUCCGAAUUUAAUGUGAAACAAUUUUGUCUAAGGUGUCCAUUUUGUCUAACGCAUUUAAUUCAACUUUAUCCGGUCGGAGCGAUUUUAGAAUUUCAUAAACUUUCAGAAGUAUGUGAAGAUUUGUUAGCAGAAGCUUUGAGUUUACCAUCAAUUGGUUUUGAAAACUGUGAAAACAAUAACUGGAAAAGUUUGUCUACUACAAAGAGACAACAAGAUAUUUCUUCUUCUGUGAAAAUGAGUUCAAUUAGUUUAGCUGUUGGUUUACUAAGAUGGAUCGAUGAAAAAUCACCAUUUACAUCAUCAUCUUUGCCAGAACCAUUUUUGAAUACUCAAUUUUCACGACGUAAUAAUAAUACUUCAGGCUCUCCAAUCGUUAGUCAGCAAUCAAAACCCAACGAAGAUUCUUCAUCUCCUAUGGAUAAUCAAUACAUUUUCAAAUCGAAUGAUAAUAAUUCUCAUGUUUCUUCUCCUUAUAAUGGGACAUCUCUUGGUUUUGUAUAUCGUCAUGCUAUACAAUGUUUACGGCAAAAUUUCACUUCAUUAGUUCGUUCACCAUCUAUUUUACAACGACUAUCACCUCAACAGCUUUAUGAAUUGCUCGAUUCUAGUCUUGUUCAAGCACCUGAAUCUGAAAUCUUAGCUGGUCUAUUAUGUUGGGGUGAACUUCAACUCAAACUAAAACAAAAAAAUACAUGUUUCGGCGUCCAAUCUUCAAAUGUAUACCCUAGUAGAGAUAAUGAAACGAAUAUUCAACCAGAUAAAAUAUUAGAUAAUGUGUUUAUUGAAUAUCAGUCAAUUUUAACAUCAAUUAUUGAUAAUCCAUCUGUUAUAAACUGUAGUCUAUCCGGUAAUGAUACAUCAUCAUCAAUAACAAUUACUGAAGAAAAUGAUCUUUCCUAUUUUAAUCAUUGGUUAUUACUAUGUAGUGGUUGGAAUAAUGUAGAAAGCAGUAUGAAAAGGCCAACAUCAAAUAUUGAUUGUGCAUUACGUUUACCAUCUUGUCAUUUAUGUCAUGGUACUUCUACUUCUACCACUACUACUACUACCACCACGAAUAAUAAUGCUAACAAUAAGUCUGUUUCAAGUCAGUCUUUUACUCCCAAUCAUAAUUUUGAUAAAAUGGUAACAUAUACACAAUUAAUUGACUUAGUAUCAAUUGUAAAUGUAUUAAAUGAAUACAAUUUAUUGGAUUGUAUUCGACCAGCUCAUCUACUUAGUCCUAUGCCUAACGAAUUAGCAAGUGUUCUACUACGUUAUUACUGUGAUAACUACCAACAUCUUAAUGCACAUAAUUCAUCUACUGUUGUUGUUUUAAAUUCCGUGAAAACUCUUCAUAAUUUUGGCUGUUGUCAAAGUAACGAUUUCUUCAAUUCACCAUGGAAUUCACUUAUUCAAUUGAUAAAGUCUUCCCAAUCUAUUUGUUCAGAGAGACAAUUCACUUUUGAAAAAGUUUUAUCCAAUCCUUGGAGUAGUCUGUCACCUGCACAAUUUUCAGAAAAAUACCAUUGGGCUAGCCUUUUAUUCACUGAUGAUAAUGAUGGUCUAUCAGCCGGUCAUAAACUUAAUUCCACUAAUAUUAAUAUUGAUGAUGACUGCGUUUGUUGUUGGAAUAAACAACAUCUUAUAGAGAAUCCAUCAAUGAUCACCGCUAAUGGAGCUUCUGUUGUUCGGAAAUCAUGGUCGGAUAAUUCUAAUGUAUGGUUAAAUUAUACAAAUCGAAUGAAAUCACAGUUGAAAUUUCUGCAUCUUCCACCUAGAUUAUAUUAUCCAUUUUUAAAUGAAGUUCGAAUGCUUUUUAUUCAAAAGCAUGCUGUACAUCAUCAAAGGUUACAUAUAAUGAACAAUAAUAAUAAUGCUGAUAAUUUCCAUUCACAAUCUCAAUCUUCCGAGUGUACAUGUUGGGAGUUUUUAUUAUCGCGUAAAUUUGAUCAGUCAUGUAAUUUAACAAAUUUCUCACCGAAUACAACUAAACGCAUUCAUCAAUCAUCUUUUAAUAAAUAUCAUAAUAAAUCUUUUAAUUUAAAUCAUCAACAGCCAUAUACUACUGAUAUCAUUAAAGAUUAUUCACAAGAUUUCACAUCAGAAUGUGAUUUAAGCUUUCCAGAUUUGGCUAAAAAACGUUUUGGUUCAAAAUCAAUUGAAAAUAAUGAUCCUAAUAAUGUUAAUAGUCACUUUUUCAUGAAUAAAAAGUUUACAAUAUGUUGUGAUUAUAAAUGUCGUGACUUUGCUUAUUGUUUACUACCGUCAAGUCAAUGGACUAGUAUUAUCGAUUAUUACAUGAGAUUAGUUCGUGAGUUCAUGGAUGAUCCCAUAAGUCAUCAUCCAUGUACAAACAACAAAUAUAUUCAUCAUAUUCUACGUUUACGCUCCUUAUGGAAAUAUGGUUUACCGGAUUCAUUGGAAAGCUUACUUGUUUGUAGAAUUAAUGAGUAUAUGUUUAUGUUACAACAACCACCACCCUCAACGAAACAAUGUUACAUAACAGACUGUUGCAAUCCUAUGAAAAAUAUCAACACAUUGAUAAUCAAAAACAAUAAUUCAUUUGUUUCAACAACAACUACUACUACUACUUCAACAGCCUCAUCAUCGUCAUCCACAUCUGUAUGUAGUUGUAGUCUACCAGUUAUGAAUAUGACUUAUUGUGAACACCAUACUACGCAACGUUGUACAUUUAAUCCUAGUGAUAUUGGUUGGAAAUCAACAGAAAUCACCGGUGGAUCCACGACCAUUACAACCACAACUACAUCUCAAUCAUUAUAUUCAUUGUCUUCUAAUAAUUUACAUAACAGUGGUGGUAUUAGAAAUAAUACUAUCAAUAAAUUGACCAGAAAUUCAAAUCAUCAUUACGAUCAUCAUUUAGUAUCGUUAAGUAAAGCAUCACAGUCAUGUUCAAUUUGUGAUGAUCAGGUAAUCUUGUGUUCAGUUCCGAAGAAUCACAAGUCAUUCUCAAACAAUAAGAUUCUAUUCACUAGUAAUGAGCAAUUAUCAAACACUCAAUGCCUCACGCCUUUUUCUUGUAAGCAAUGUCAAAAUCUUAUAAAAUCAGUAAAACCAUACUGUCAUCAUAAUGAUUCUUAUUUUUCUUCAUAUAUUACUAAGCAACAAAAGGCAUGUGUCCAGUGUAUAACUUCACCUAUGAGUAAUACUACUCAUAUCACUGAUUUCAAUAAUUUGUUGCUUCCUACAUAUUUUUCCAAAAAUCAAUUUAAGAAUGGUAUUUAUUUUGAUCCUAAUUAUUUAUUGAAUGAUGGUUUAUUUUUUUCUGUAAAUGAUCGUGCUCUGACAAAGAAUAAAUCAAAUCAUCACUAUAAUCUGUAUCGUUCUAAUGAUCAACAACACUGCCACCAUCGACAACAAUCGAGACGUCAACAACAUCAGUCAUCAGAUAUAUUCUACUGUCCUCCUAAUGACCAUAAAUUAUCUUCUGAGAUGUUAACAACAACUUUAUCCAGUCCACGUUAUAAGAAAGUUUUAUUGAAUGAUGAUGAGGAGGAUAAGAUUGAGAAAAAGCCGAUAUGCUGUCCCUAUGCAUCGUGUUCACAACAAACAUUAAUACAACCAUCACCAUCAUUGUCUUCGGCGAUAUCUUCAGUGCACUUAAAAAAUACUGAUAGUGAUCUUAGGGUUACCUUUAAUCAUAAUGAUAUUAGUAGCAGAAGCAAUCAUGCUGUUGUUACUGAAGAGCAAUAUGCAACCAGGUUGAUGAAAUUAUCCACUAAAAAGUAUGAUGAUGAGAAUCAUUUACAUAAUACAAUUUAUUUGCCUUUAUUACUAACAUUACAAGGUAAUGUUAGUGACCAGCAUCAUUACAAUAUGUCUUCAUCCUUUACAGGGAAAUCAGACCUAUCUUCAGAUUCUACAAAUUAUUCUUCAUCGUCAUCAUCAUCUUCAACUAGUUUCUCAUCUCCAUUAUCAAGCGCUAGUAGCUAAUUUACAUUAUUGCGAUUCUUUAUUCUUCUCCAGUUUGUUUUUUUUUCUUAUGAUUCUUGUGUAUGUAGCUAAUGAUGUCCCGGUUCUCGUUCACUUUCUCCUAUAAUAUGUCUGUUAUAAUUCACAGAAAAGGUUUAUUACAAAAAUAAUUUAAUUUGUGUCUUGAAAGUUUCUUUCAUACUUUGAUCUUAUUAUAUUAGUGGAAAAAUGAAAAAGAAUUUUAUACAUCAGUAGGCAAUUUUUUUCUAGGAAAAAAAAUCCUAAUCCUUAUUUGUAAACAUAAAUUCACAUACAGUUACUUUCUAUACAUUACUUCCAUCGUUUUUUUUUCCUUGAUAGAUCAUUAUUUAUUAAUGAUUGCUUUCAACACUUCUUUUACUCUACAAAUACACAUCAAACAUUUUACCGGCCUAAUUUGUCUAUUAAAUCAAAUGAAUAAAUAAUAUUAUACUUGUUCAAUUAUCAUAAUUUUCUAACAUGAUAUCAUAUCCAUUUUUGUGUGUAAUCAUAAGAGGUAUACCAUUUGUUAACCAAUCAGAACAUUCUAAAUUAUUAUAUAGUACUAUUGACCAAUUAACUUCCAGUUUAAGCAUGUGUUGUUGACCUAAUUGUAUUUCUCUCUCAUUUUCUAUUGGUUGAAUUUUUUUUAAGGAUCGAAUCACUUGAAGCAAUAUAUUUUUUUCUAGGAAAAUAUUCAUAUAUGUGCAAUAAUGGAAUUAAAUAGCAUUUUUAUUUUCUAAAAUCUCUAUAUAAAAUGAGGUAACAGCAGUUAUUUUCAUUAUUGUUUUAAUUUUCAUUUUAUUGUCUAUUGCCCUUUUGCUUUAUGUAACUUCUUCCUAGAAUUGUUGCCUUAUAAAUUACGAUACAAUGAACUUUAUAUGAUAUGUUAUCGAGUUGUUUUGUUUUUCUAAAUAAAUGUUUAGUAGUGAGAA